UCAUGUCCCUUCCCAGCAGGGUCAGACCAGGAGUGCUCUGUCUCCAGCAGCAUGGACCAAAGGGAGAUUCUGCUAGGAAACCUGCAAAAGGCCCAAGAUAAGAAGCUCAACCCAGGAGAGUUCACAGAAGAGUUUUUGAAGCUGAAAAGGCAGUCAACAAAGUACAGAUCGGAUAAAAUCUACCCUACAGCAGCGGCUGAGCAACCAGAGAACAUCAAGAAGAACAGAUACAAGGACAUCCUACCCUUUGACCACAGCAGAGUGGAGUUGUCCAUGAUCACAUCAGACACAGAUUCUCAUUACAUCAAUGCCAACUUCAUCAAGGGUGUCUAUGGGCCAAGAGCAUACAUUGCAACCCAAGGUCCUCUCCCCACUACUGUCGUUGACUUUUGGAGGAUGCUUUGGGAGUACAAAGUCAUGGUCGUGGUCAUGGCUUGUAUGGAGUUCGAAAUGGGGAAGAAGAAGUGUGAGCGGUACUGGGCGGAGGUGGAUGGUUCCCCCCUGCACUGUGGCCCUUUCUCCAUCACCUGUGCAGCUGAGGAGAAAAGAAAUGAGUAUGUGAUUAGGACUUUAAAGGUGACCCUGAACAAGGAAAUCCGUACCAUCCACCAGUUCCACUACAAAAACUGGCCAGACCACCACGUCCCCUCAUCCAUUGACCCCAUCCUGGAGCUCAUCAGGGAGAUUCGCUGCUACCAGCUGGAUGACAGUGUCCCUGUCUGCAUCCACUGCAGUGCUGGCUGUGGGAGGACAGGAGUCAUCUGCACCCUCGACUACACCCAGAAGCUGCUGAAGGAUGGGAUUCUUCCAAUGAACUUCAGCAUUUUCAGCCUGAUCCAGGAAAUGCGAACACAAAGGCCUUGCAUAGUGCAGACCAAGGAGCAGUAUGAGCUGGUUUAUGACGCAGUGAUUGAGCUCUUCAAAAGGCAGAUUAAAGCACUCGAUGCCCAGAAAGAUUCUGCUGCUUCCCAGGUACAAGCAGGACAUCCUGUAGCCAAGCCACUCCUGACUCCAGUGGAAGACAUUUAUUCUCUCAGUUUACUCACCUGCUCAGAGCAAGAGGAGCCCAAUGUGCACCAACAUCUUCGUCCGGUGGUACAAAGCCAAGUGUCCUUGCCAUCGCUGUCUGCCACGGGAGCACAGGACAGCUCUGGCCAUGGAGCUCCCCCCAUCAGACAGGCCAUCUCCUUUGGCACUUUGAACAUCAUCAGCUGCAGGAAAGCAGCAGCCCCCGAGCCCUGGGGAGCUGGGGAUGUCCCUCAGAAACGUCGCAGCUGGGAGCUCGACACCAUCUCUCCUGAGCAGUGGCUGCUGGACAUGGACACAAAGGGAGCAGGCAGGAGGAGACCUCGUGGCAAAACACCUCUGGCAUGGACAGCUUCAACCCCUUCGGUGCUGGCACAGCAGGGGGAAGGCUGGGAAUGGGACAGAGGGAAUGCUGAGCCUGUUAGGAGCUCACAGGGGCCAAACGCCUGUCGCUCGAGCUUCCCGGUGAAGCAGCAGGAUGGAUUUUCCCCUCUUGAGCUGAAAGCCUCAAGACAAGAAGUAGACAACCCCCCAAGCUACAGGAACCAUGGGCAACACCCUUACCCAUGCCUCUACUCAGCAGAAGAUCCCUACUUCUCCUCACUCUCUCCAGAUGACCCUGUGUCCCCUGUGUUUGCUGAGUGCUUUGAGGAGGGGCAGGAUGAGCUUCUCCCUUCUUGCACUGCCAGGGCCUCACUGCAGCCCUCCAUGGCCAACUCCCCACUGUCCCACCACGCUGCCCUGAACGAGGAGAGGAUGUCCCCCCUGGGUAACCUGUCUGUGUCUCUCCAAUUAGCCCAGGCAGAUGAUGAUGAUCCUCCCCCCCUGCCCCAGCGCACCCCAGAGUCCUUUAUCGUGGCCAGUGAAUCAGGACAAUCUCCUGUGGCCACUUCUGAUUUUCAGCUUCCAGACAGAAAUCCAAAUAUUGGAACCUCUUGGGAGUGGAGUGGUGAGUCUCACUCGGAGGGGAUUAAUGACUCCGUGAGACUGAGACCAUGUAAGAGUGUGAAGCUUCGGACCACACGAACAGAGACAACCAGGGAUCGCUCUAGCUCUCCUCCCCCUCUUCCUGAAAGAACCCCAGACUCGUUUGUCCUCUCUGAAGCAGCAAGUCUGCAGCCUGCAAGAAAUUCCUCAGGUCCUGUGGGUUUGGGGAAUGAAGGCUCCAAAACAUCAUCUGAAGAGCCCACGAAGUGCUUCAGGAGGAGCAAGAGCAUGAAAAUACUGAAAAACGUGAGAAAGAGCAUCUGCAGUCCAUCUGCACUGACAAGACCAUCAGAACCUGCCCCAACAAACCCUCUGAGGUCUCUCCUCCACUUUGGCUUUACAAAUCGAUUUUCAAGACCUAAAGGACCAAGGAAUCCACCCCCAGUUUGGGAUAUUUAG